AUAUUAACAUUAUCAAAUAAUAAGUGCAUCAUCCAUCCAAUCUAGACGUCUUUUUUCAGUCCGCUGUUUUCUGUCAUUUUAUACAAUCGUAACUAUGUGGUAAUUAUAUUUAUUUUCGUGGAAAACAUGUACAGAGACUAUUGUGUAAUAAAGUAACGAUAGUAAUGUGUUGACAAGUGAGAAGUAUUUUGGUGUUAGCAGAAUAAUCGUUCCAGGAAUGGGGAAAUCAAGCAAUACUCCUAAAAGCGAUUGUAGCACAAAGACAUUUUAAGAACCCGAAAGACAUCUGAUAUGAGUGAACUUCUUGUGGGAUUGUGACCGUUAUAGCGAUGGAUACGCUACAUGUUCACGCGCACAGCAAGGGCUCGAGCAGGAGUCAGUCGCCGUCAACCGCCGACCUCGCUAGGGACCCGUCUGUCGUCACCGAUGACGUCAUCAGAUCGAGAGUUCAGUCACCCUCUACCGCGCACCAUGUCGUCAGUGAGCCGUCAUCGAAUUCAUCAUCGCGUCACAGUGAGCGGGGCGCUCAUCACGUCAAGUCUCACUCCAGAGACCUGGGCAACAGCUCGAUGGUCGCGGGCACAGCUAACACUUCCAGAGAUUUGGAAGACUCGCCGCAGAAGAAGAACUUGUCAGGUCUGGUCACGGCGGUCGACUACACUUGCCCCGUGUACAGCCCCAACGUCUCAUACGCCAUGUCCUCCGCUGAUGAAUACGGAUCACCCGCAUAUAGAUCUCAAGAUGGCGACUAUUCUAAUCAAGAUGACUACGACGGUGGUAAUGCGACGUCAGCGAAGGCGUUGGCCGCCAUCGCCCAUCUCAACAGCAAGAUUGAACGAACCAAAGACCUUAUACGAUUAGAACAGACAAACAGAGAUGAGAACGUAAACGAGUACCUGAAGUUAGCAGCGAAUGCAGACAAGCAGCAGUUGCAGCGCAUCAAAGCAGUAUUCGAGAAGAAGAACCAGAAGAGUGCGCUCUGCAUCGCACAGCUGCAGAAGAAACUAGAAGGUUAUAACAAGAGGAUUAAAAACUGGGAGCAACACGGCACAAGCGGGCAGGCGCACAGACAACCUCGAGAAGUUCUACGUGAUAUGGGACAAGGCUUGAAGAAUGUGGGCGGCAACAUACGCGACGGCAUCACCGGUCUGGGCGGCAGCGUGAUGGCGGCGCCCAGAGAAUUCGCACAUCUCUUCUCUCGCUCUAACAGAUUCGGAUCCGCGGACAACAUCGCACAGCUCGCCGAGAACACGGGUACUUCGAACGCGUCGUCGGAAGGUUCCCGUGCGUCGGAGGCGGGCGAGGCGGCGCCGCGCGGCUCCACACUGCCUCGCGCGGCCACCUCCCCCGCGCCCAAGUUCUCACCUGACGCCUCGCCGAGCUCCUCCGUCACCAGUGAAGGCGCACCUUACCAAACGCAACCAGGAACAAAUAAUAUGUCAGAAGCGACAUUCUCCAUAAAGCCGAUACUGAACGAGCUGCGCGAGCGCAGGGAGGACUACGAGCGGUUAGCGGAGAAGAUGGAGGCGCUUAAGAAUCUAUCGCAAGAGGUAUCGUUCCUGUCAGCGGCGCUGCAGGAGGAACGCUUCAAGACAGAACGACUCGAGGAACAGAUCAAUGAUCUCACUGAACUGCAUCAGAAUGAGGUGGAGAACCUGAAGCAGGCGCUGACGGACGUGGAGGAGAAGGUGCAGUACCAGAGCGAGGAGCGCAUACGAGACAUACACGAGGCACUCGACCUCUGCCAGACUAAAAUCGGCAAGCUGGAGCAGUGGGCGGCGGGCGGCGGGGGCGGCGCGGGCGGCGGCGGCGGCGCGGGGGACGCGGGCGGCGCGGCGGCGCUCCCCCCGCGCCUGCUGCUCGUCAAGCUGCUCAACGUGGCGCUCACGCUGCUGCAGCUGGUGCUGCUGCUCGUCGCCACCGUCGCCGGCGUCACCAUGCCCUUCCUCAGGACCAGGGUGCGAGUUCUAACAACGAGUGUAGCGUUAAUGGUUGGUGUGAUGGUACUGAAGCAGUGGCCGGAGGUGACGCAGCUGUCGGACCAUUUGGUAGCGCGCCUCAAGGAGUACCUGCUGGACAAACACCACGACAGGUAUGAAUGCAAAUCAUUGUGUGGUUGAAACUAUACAUAGUUUUGCUGUGAAUAUGUUCGUGAUAUAUCGAAAUUUUAUUAAAUUUGGAUAAUAUUUAAAAACAACUGAUUGGAAAUAAUCAAGUCUGUUUUUCGUCGGUCAAAGAUUGGAUUGUUACGGCUGAGUAAACUUAACUCGGCUGCAGUUUUUUAUAACGAAAUAUACGAAAUUUUCUUAAUAUAAGGUGAUAAUUAUGUUAUAUU